UUAAACAUGAGGCCUCCAGCGCUUCGCUGUAGUGUGACAUGAUUCAAAACCAUUUGCUUGUUUUGCAAAUUGAAGCACUUUUUGCAUAGUAUUUCACAAAGAAUGGAUGGAAGAAGCAUGAUUCCUUUGAAAGACAUAGUGCCUUCUGCUCAAACCAAUAUAAAAACGCAAUUCAUACUUUUGGACAAAGGUAGGACAGCAACAGAAGGACAGAAUAAGACAUGCUUGGCUCUGGUUGCUGAUGAGACAGCUGCUGUGCAUUUCCAGUUGUGGGGGGAUGAGUGUGAUGCUUUUGAGCCUGGUGAUAUUAUCCAUUUAACCAAUGGCAUUUUCUCCUACAACAGGAAGAGUCUUGUGUUGAGGGCAGGCAAGAGGGGGAACAUAGAGAAAGUGGGAGAAUUUACUAUGGCAUAUGUGGAGACACCUAACAUGAGUGAGAUUCGUUGGGCUCCAGAUCCAAAUAAUUCAAAGAAAUAUGUGCAUGAGGCUGUUAUUUCCACCCAUUCUCGUAUUUUUCCUCCAUUGGCUUAAAAGCAAUAUGGUGGUUUUUGGUUUUGGGUGUCAAAUUUCAGAUGGCCCCAGCACUUCUCCUACCACCAAUGUUUCCAUGCUCUUUUACUUUUAAAUAAUUCAGCAUUUCAUCGUCCCUGUUGCAACCAUCACAUUGCUGACUUCCCCUCUCAUCUGUUGUGCCAUUCCUUGCACACUUGCCAACUCUGACACCAAUACCACCGUUGCCCUAAACAUCCCCUCCAGCUUUGUUCUCACCCAGCAUUUCCAUGUUCUUCUAACCCCUUUAGAGAAAAAGGAUAACAGAGAGAAAGAGGGAGAAAUACUUGAAGCUUCAAUUACCAAUCGAACUUGUCUAGCAUUCAUGUCUAACUUGAGUGUGUUUCUUCUAAAUAGUGGCUGCAUUUUGUUUUGAAAGGAAAACAUGAGACUCACAACUGGCUCCACCGCUUCUCAGUGAUGGCUGACAUGAUUCCAAGUAAAUUCUCUCUCUCUCCUUCUCCCUCUCCCUCCUUAAUAGAAUGUAAAAAUAUAGUAUUAUUUUUCAGUUUCCUUUUAAAAUUUUUCUAUUUUCACUGUGUCUUCAAUUUGAAAAUAUUUAUUUAAUCAUAAAAAAAGUUGUUCAGUAUUUAUGUGGCUUUUCAUGCUUUGGUCCUUAAAACUUAAUCCUCAACUUUUGUUGUUUGGCUUUU